CGCGCCCGCGGGCGCGCGGAACGACGGCGCAGCUCUGCGGGCGGGCUGCAGUGCGCUGGCUUUGCUGACGCCCCCAAACAGCUGUAGCGCGUAACCCCGCUGGUUCACGUCCGAAGAGGCCUGGGUGUCGGCCCUGCAGCAUUCGCUCGCGCGAGUCACAGACGAGGAAAAGAGCCGGGAGACCCGCCGCGGGAGCGACGUUUCUCUUGACUCCGGGCUUUUCCCGCUGCACGGCUGGGCCAGCAGGGCCGACGCUGGAACCGGGAUCCCUGGGUUCUUCCUCCUCGCCCUGGGCGCUUCUGCCCGAGGGCGUCUGAUGUCUGCCCCCCGCCCAGGUUCCAGGGCCCCCGCCGCGACGGUGCCCCGGGCAGCCUGAGAGGAGCCGAGGGGCCUGGCACCUGCUUGCAGGUGAUUCUCAGCUCACUCCUCCCGUUACAAAUCGCACCCCUUAGCCUGGGGGCUAAAAGCUUUGCUCAGAUUUGCAGGGAAGGGAAAUGGGGGUGACACUGCCCAGAACCCGAAUCAGCCCCUUUCCUUCCGCCCGCAUUUCUAGAAGACACCGCCCCACCCACUAAACUCCUGGGGACAAAGAUUCGCACUCGGAUCACUCACGUUGGGAGGGUUUGUUUGUUUGUUUGUUCCCGGAAUGGGGUGAGGAAGGCUGGCCGGCUCUGGGCUUACACCUAGUAAUUUCACCUUUGGGGGCCUCUGGGCUUCCUGCCCCAGCGGCAGACCCUCGGGGCUCCCGGGUGCUGCUGGUGCCCCCAGGACCCGUCUCCUGCAGGGUCCAGCUGCUCCCGGGGCGGGGCGCUGCGGACUAACCCAGCAGGGCCCUCCAGCCCGGACGCCCCACCCCCACGCCGCGCAGCUCCGCUUCCCGGGGCUUCCCGGGAAGGGGCACUUCCCUGAGGACUCGUCCCCGCCGAGGCCGGGAGCUGGCAGCAAAGGACGACCCGGCAGAGGGGGCAGACGAUACGAACAUUCGGUAAAGCGGGAGAUGCGCCCCUCCGACUGGGUGGCGCGCUUCUGAGCCGCCCCAGCCUACUCGGUGCCGGGUGGCAAGCGCGCAGGGCCGCGCGCCAGGCGAGACUCCUCUGGCGGGACUGGCCGCGAGGUGACGGCUGCGCAGAGCCGCGUGCAUGGAGGGACGCUGGCGACUCCGGUCCUGCCUAAGACAAAACCACACGCGCAGCUGAACCGGGGUCGAUGCUUGUGUGGGUCGCUGCAGAAAACCCGCGGGCUGGCAGAGUGGCCGCUGCAGGCUUCGCCUGGGGCUGGAUCAGCGGGCAGGGAAGGUCCGGCCGUCCGGCCCAGGAGCGGCAAGUGGCCGCAGGACCAAUUUCUCCGCGGGGCCGCCCCACCUCCACCGCCCCGGGGUCCGAGCUGCCCCCCCCCCACGCCGGGACCCCACUCGGUUGCCCAGGUAACGCGGGACGCACGCCCAGCCCGCGGUUCAGAGUCGGUGAGCUGCCCCCGGAGCCCCGCCUCCUCCGGCCUGCCGGCCGCGCGCUCCGGGGCGGCAGUUUGGCCGCGAAAGCGCGGCGCCCUGACGCGGGGGCGCAGCCAGUGAGAGGUCGAGGGCGUGGUGGAGGCCGGAGCAGGCAGCUACUUAGGGCCUUGCGGCCCCUGGGGCUGGGCUCCUUCGCGUCCUGGUACCUGCGUCCGGCCCGCCGCAGCCACGGAGUGGCGGGUCGGCCGCCGGGACGCAGCAUGGUGACCCCGUGCCCCGCCGCCCGGGCCGGGAGAGGAGACAACGACCAGUACCUGCGUGCGCCGGUCAAGAAGAGCAGGCGCCCACGCCUGCGGAGGAAGCAGCCGCUGCAGCCGCUGAGCCCGUGCCUGCUCCCGGGGGACUCUGGCAUUUGCGACCUGUUCGAGUCCCCCAGCUCAGGCUCAGAUGGUGCCGGCAGCCCCGCGGCCCCCGGGCGGCGCGGCCCUGCCCAGCAGUCGGCGCAGCUGGAUCUGCAGACCUUCCGCGACUACGGGCAGAGCUGCUACGCCUUCCGCAAGGAGCGGGAGAAUCACUUCCACGCGCGGGAGGCGCUGGCGCGGCAGCCGCAGGUAACCGCGGAGUCCCGCUGCAAGCUGCUCAGCUGGCUGAUCCCCGUGCACCGCCAGUUCGGCCUCUCCUUCGAGUCGCUGUGCCUGGCGGUGAACACCCUGGACCGCUUCCUCGCCACCACGCCCGUGGCUGCGGACUGCUUCCAGCUGCUCGGGGUCACGGCCCUGCUCCUCGCCUGUAAACAGGUGGAGGUGCACCCGCCUCGCGUGGAGCAGCUCCUGGCCCUGUGCUGCGGCGCCUUCUCCCGGCAGCAGCUCUGCAACCUGGAGCGCAUCGUGCUGCACAAGCUGGGCUUCAGCCUGGGCGCGCCCACCGUCGGCUUCUUCCUGGAGCACUUCACGCACGCGCGCGUGGACGCCGGGCAGGCCCGCGCCUCCCAAGCCCUGGAGGCGCAGGCGCUGGCGCAGGCGGUGGCAGAGCUGAGCCUGGCCGACUAUGCUUUCUGCAGCUACGCCCCGUCCCUGCUGGCCAUCUGCUGCCUGGCGCUGGCCGACAGCAUGCUCCAGCGCCCGCUCCCCGUGGACUUGAGCCUGGGCGGGCACCCCGAGCCGGAGCUUCAGGACUGCCUGGGCAAGCUGCAGCUCCUGGUGGCCAUCAAUGGGACCUCCCUGGCUCACGUGCUGCCCCUCCAGAUCUGUGACAAGUGCAGCCUGUCCACCAGCUCGCAAUAAAGUGGACCCUGGGUCUCCAUUUAGCUCCUGGGGCCGGGCCCCUCCCACUGCUUUGAGAGAAUGCAGUGUCGGCCCUGGGGAGAGGGGAGCUCCAGGCCCCGCCUGGCCACCAGCUCGUCCUGCGCGGGCUGUAGAUAGUGUGCGAUA